AUCGAGUACAAAUAUUAAAUUCAUAAUUUUCACAAAGUAUAGGGACUAAUAGCAAAAUUUAACAUUAAUAUUAUUUGCAUUCAGCCCACUACUACAUGUGAGCAGUCAAUUUAUCAAACCCAAAAGGAAAGUAACUAAAAAAGGAAAACACAGCAGCACUCAAUGGCCCAUUGAACCUAACCUCAAAAGAAACAAACAAAAGAUUUGCUAAAGACAAAACAUAUAUUUUUCCUCAUCUCCCUCCUUUCAUUUUCAUUCAUUUCAUUUCAAUGUCACAUGCUUUCUUCUCUCUCUCUUCCAUUAAUCCUCCUCGUACAUGUAAAUCUUUACAACCCCAUCACUUCACCAUCAAUCAAACAAAAAAACCCUUUUUUUUUCUUAUGUUAUUUCAUUGACUAUCAAUCAGAAAAAAGAAAGAAUCUUUUUCCUUGUGAAAUGAUGAUGUCACAGUGAACCCCCCUAAAACAGAUGGAUCCAGAGAGAUCCCAUGGAGGUUCUAGCAGUAGCAGCAGUAUGAGUGACCUUUUCAUUUGUUUCACUUCAGGUCCUUCUUCUUCUUCUUCUUUUGGUAGGAGAUUGAUGAGAAGCAAUGGUAGCAUGAAAGGUGGUCAAGCUUCACCAAUGUUCUCUAAUGGUAAAAAGAAAAGCUCUGGUUUUGAAAACCCUGAGCCAUCUUCCCCUAAGGUAACUUGUAUAGGUCAAGUCAGAGUGAAAAGUAAGAAACAAGGCAAAAAGUUUAGAGCUUGUAGAUCUAAAAGAACAGGAAUGGAUCAUAACAAUGGAAGUAAUAAUAAUAGUCAAGAAUGCAAGAAAUGGGUGCAUUUGCCCUUGACUAUUUGUGAAGCAUUGAAAGCAUUUGGGGCUGAAUAUUUUUACUGCUUUUUGCCUUCUUGUAUGACCAACCAAAGGGAAGAUAAACAAGACAAAACAGAAGCAAGAUCUGGUGAUAAUGAUGAUGAUGAAAAGAGGAAAAGUAGUGAGAGACAUGCUUUUGAGGAUAUUGAAAUAAAUGAUGAUGAAGAUGAAGAAGAUGAAGCUAGGUUGAGUAUUUCAUGUAUUCCACCAAAGGAUGCAUUGUUGUUAACGAGAUGCAGAUCUGAUCCUAUAAAAAUGGCUGCUUUUGCCAACAAGUUUUUGGAUUUAGACCCUAAAAAUGAAGAAGAACAAAACCCAGAAGCUGAAACAAAUGCAGGUGAAAGCAAAGAAUUACAAGGAAAUGAUGAAGAUGCUGACCAGCAAGAAUCAACCAUAAAGGAACAAACUUUGAAUCUACAUGGUGAAGAAAAUGAAAAAGAAAAGGGCUCAACUUCAAUGGUGGAGGAAGAAGAGAAAACCCAAGAAAGAUCCGAACUUGAAUGCACAGAAGCCAUGAAAACUGAUCAAGAAGGUGAUGAGUCAAAGGAGAGUGAAAGUCAACAGAAUUUAUUGCCUGACUGUUUGCUGUUAAUGAUGUGUGAGCCAAAGUUGUCAAUGGAGGUAUCAAAGGAGACAUGGGUGUGUAGUAAGGAUUUCAUCAGGGAGAAGGAAAAGCAACCAUUGGUCAAACAAAAGGUCGUUGACUUUAAUAAUCCUGUUCCAGUUUCGUUACAGCCACCGUCGUCUUCUUGUUCUUUCUCGGCUGCUCCUCCAACGGCGGCGAUUACUACUACAGUUGAUGAGAAAGUUGUUGGGGGUAAAGGGUGUGAGCAGUUUGUGCUUACGCGCUGCAUGUCAGAGCCGAUGAUGAGAUCAUCAGCUAAGCUUGCUUCAAAUGGUUGUAAAUGGAAGAAUGAGCCGACUAAGCUUGGAGUUGGUUUUUGAUGAGCCGAACAUGGUACAUGUUUCUGUGUUUUUUCAUUUGGAUUUUGUUCAUCAGUAUUUUGAAUUAUUCUUUACAA